AUAAUGCAAAUGAAAAAGAUUUCCUUCAAACUAUAGUAAUAUGGGUGCCCCCAAGUCCCUCUAUUAUUGAAAAUAUAGUAUGUAUAUGGAGGCAUAAUAGCAAGUCAGGAGUAUAGCGAAGUUUGAUUGGAAAUUGUGACUAGUAAUUUGCAUGAACAUUUUAAUCCCCAAUCCUAUAACUCAACUGGAUGUAUAUAUGACCUAUAAAUCAAAUCUGAACUGGAUGUGGUGAAACAUAAAUGAUUCAAAUCAUUAAAGCAACACAAGAUGGCAAGAAAAAAAAGAAGUAAAAAUUGGUCUCACAGAAAAACGUCUAAAUUCGCCAGGAUCACACUACAAGAUGAUGCCACAUCAGGAUAUACCCCUAACACUACUAGUAUGGAGGAUUCACCACCGUCAACACCAUUUAUUCCUGGAUCUUCAAAUAUUGUGAGAGGUAGUCGAUGUCAAGAUAAUGAUCGGUUCAGUAGUCUUUCACGAAACAACCAAUGCACGGCCAUCGCUGCCGUUGCAUUGGCUUAUAACAAACUUGUUCCUUUCAAGACAUGGAAUUAUGUAAUCAUAGAUAAUAUUUUAGACUACGGAGAUUGUUUGUAUAAAAAGUCUAUCACAGUUAAGAAUUCCCGUUAUUCAGACAAUCAAUUUGACAACAAUUUGAUGGUGAUUGAAGUCUAUCCUAAGUUCAUAAUUGGUGAUGUUGCAUACAUCUUGAAAAUUAAUGAUAUGGAUUCAGUUACUGGAUGCGUUGAAGGAGACACUGAAGGGCCUUUUUUCACAUUAGCUGACGGAUUAGAGCAUGUCUUUCUGCAAUAUGAGUCAGCUAUUUUAACCUGCGGUUUAUUUUCAACCUGUGUCAGUAAGAAACGAAAUCAUUUCUUUCUAUUCGAUUCUCAUAGUAGAGGUCCGGACGGAAGGCAUAUCGAACACCAAGGUACUGCAUGUUUAAUACAAUUCCAUCAUAUUAAGUUUUUACUGAGCUUUUUGUCGCAUUUUUAUAAUUCAAAUGUUCUUUAUACUUUGGUUCCUGUUGAAGUGCAAAUAACAUCGGUGAAUGCGUUGGAAAAUACUGAAUUAUAUGUAAAACUAAGUGUCUAUGACGGCGUUCAUUCUAAUCUAUCAUCUGAUUCUCUCCAACCUUCUCUCACAUCAAGUUCAAUGUAUAAAACUAAUGAUACAGUUGGUAAUCCACCUGAUAAACAUAUGGCACAUAAAAGUGCUAGCGACGUACUAAAUGUGCCCUCACACUAUUUGGGUGAAAUGAAUUAUGUAUGUCUUCAUUGUGGAGCAUUAUUCUUUCAGAAUGAAAUUAUGUUCUGUUGCAGCAAAGGUGCAAUAUGUUUACCAGCUAAUUCCACUUAUCCAGAAUUACUCAAAUCAUUAAUCACCGGUAAUCAUUCACUAUCAAAAGAAUUUUUAAAAAACAUUCGAAAGUAUAAUACUCUAUUAGCCCUAGCUUCAACAACAACCACUCUACGAACAGAUAUUGGACAUGGUUCACGUGUUGUUGUCGUAUCAGGUCAAAUUCACCACCGUUUAGCGAAUAUUAACACUUCAGAUCCGAAGUUUGGCUCCCUAUAUUUUAUUGACUCAGCAGAAGCCAAACAAAGAAGAUCAACUAAUGAAGAUCAUGACGGAUGUGAUGAAAAUCUUUUGGAACAAUUGGAUGCUCUAUUGAGGGACACUCAUCCAUUCACCAAAAUAUAUCGUAACUUAGGCCAAGUGGUCAAAGAUCAAGGUCUCACUUCGGAUAGCAGUGCUAUACCGAGAAUUGGCCUCUAUUUCAACGAGAAACCUAAUACAAAUAUGAAAAUCUAUGCAGCGCCAACAACUUCUGACGAAAUUGGUGCCGUCUUCAGUACCGCUGAUGGGGAUCUGCCGCCACCAGGACAGAUUCGAAUUUAUUACAACCAAGACAACUCCGACACUAUAGAUAUUCCCAAAAUAUCUCCAAUCGGAGAUACACUUUGCUAUCCCUUACUCUUUCCUAAUGGGGAAUAUGGAUGGUUCUUAGAUUGUAUGAAAAAGGACAACCAUAAGCGGGUUAGCAUGCGUGAAUUUAUUUGUUAUCGUCUAAUGAUUCGUUUGAAUCAGUUCAAUCCCUUAGUUCUUUGUGGACGACUCACGCAACAAUAUAUUGUGGAUAAGUUUGUCCAAUUAGAGACGCAACGGUUAAAUUAUUUGCGAGUCAAUCAAGCUAAGCUACGCGCAGAUAAUUAUAUUGGGUUGCAAGAUUAUAUUGGUCGAAAAAAAGGAUCACGAAAAAGCAAAAUUGGCAGGGUAGUAAUCUUACCAAGUUCUUAUACUGGAAGUCCCCGGUUCAUGCGACAGAAUUUUCAAGACGCAAUGGCCAUACAAUCGAAAUUGGGUAGACCUUCGUUAUUUAUCACCUUCACGUGCAAUCCUAAAUGGCCGGAGAUCACGGACAACUUAGGAAGUAGUAUGUUGAAUGCGGAGGACAGACCAGAAUUAAUUGCACGAAUUUUUGAAUUGAAAAGAAAGGCUUUGUUCGAAGACAUCCUGAAAAAUAAAAUUUUCGGUACCGUUAGAGCGUAUGUGUAUGUUAUUGAAUUCCAUAAACGAGGUCUACCUCAUUUGCAUUGUCUCUUGACUUUAUCUGAUGAAGAUAAGCCUCGUUGUGCAUCUGAUGUUGACGAGUUAAUAUGUGCGGAGCUACCCACAGAUAAUCCUCGACUUUUGGAGAUAAUUUUAACCUCCAUGAUCCAUGGUCCCUGCGGCAAGCGUGAUCCAAAUUCACCAUGCAUGGUGGAUGGUUAUUGCUCAAAGUAUUAUCCAAAAUCAUUUUCGGAAAUGACCUUAUUCGAUAAGAGGCGGCCAACAUAUAGGCGACGCAAUGAUGGCCGAAAAGCUUCUGUUGAGCGUAAUUGUAUUUCUUAUACGGUGGAUAAUAGGGAUGUGGUGCCCUACAACCCUUACUUGUGUGAGAAAUAUAACUGCCACAUUAACGUCGAAUAUGUCACUAGUGUAGGAUCAGUCAAGAAUAUUUUUCAAUAUAUGAAUAAAGAAUCAGACGCUGCCCUUCUCCAGGUAAAAGGGAAAGCUGUCUUCGACGAAAUCCAGGCAUUCUUAGAUUCUCGAUAUAUAUCGUCGGGGGAAGCGGCUUGGAGAUUGUUAGGUUUGCCUAUUCAAGGUAAAAGCCAUUCUAUUUUAAGGUUACCGGUUCAUCUCCCUGGAGAACGGACCGUGCAAUUUGAAGAUGGAGAGGAAGAAGAGGCAUUCUUGAAUCAACAAGAAAAAAUGUCUCUUCUCGAAGCGUUCUUCGAACUGAACAUUAAUGAUCCUGAAGCUCGUAAAUAUAAAUAUUGUGAAAUUCCAAUUUUUUACACAUUUAAUACAAAACUCAACCGUUGGACUCGGAGGGUUAGGACGCGUGUAUGUGUGAUCUCAAGAAUGUAUAGCAUAAGCCCUAAAUAUGUUGAGAGAUUUCAUCUUCGUACGUUAUUGUUGCAUGUUUCUGGUCCGAAAUCUUUUGCGGAGCUUCGCACAGUUGAUGGUAUCACGUACUCCACGUUCCAGCAGGCAGCGCGGGCUAGACAUCUGGUCGUUUUAGAUGAUGAAUGGGAAAAUGCAUUAGCACAAGCGGCUUUGAUUGAUAUACCAAGCUGUUUGCGGAAAUUAUUCGUUUUUAUAUUAUGUUACUGUGAAGUCGGCGAUCCCCCAGCUCUCUGGACUAAAUUUAAACAACAUAUGAGCGAAGAUUUUCGCAAGAAAGAUCUUUCUCAAAGUAGGCCUGAAAAUGAUGCCCUACAUAAUAUCCAAAAUUUACUUGGAAGUAUGGGUAAAUCUUUAGAAGAAUUCAAGCUACCGUUGCCUUUAGACUCAGAUAUAAAUUUUGGUAUCAAUGCUGAAGCUGAAGAAUUAAAUACAGAAUCCGGACAUUGUGACCUUGGUGGUUUGAAUUCAGAUCAACGUAGAGUUUUUGACCGUGUCAUUGGUGCAAUCGAUUCGGAUGAAGUUGACAAAUAUUUCUACCUUCAGGGAAGCAGCGGCACGGGGAAAACCCACUUAUAUAAUACAAUUUUAAGUUAUUGCAGCUCACGACAAAUUGCCUGCUUAGCUGUCGCCUUUACUGGGAUCGCUGCCUUAUUGUUGAAAAAUGGUAAAACAGUCCAUUCUGCAUUCAAAUUACCACUGGAUUUGGACGGAGACUCCCGUUCCUCCAUUAUGGCACAAUCUCAGGAAGCGGCCGAAUUGAGAAAACUUCAGCUAAUAAUUUGGGACGAGGUUUCUAUGGCAAAUUUUUAUAUGCUGGAUGCAGUUGAUCGUCUCCUACAAGAUGUAUGCAAUGACAGCCGUCCAUUCGGCGGUAAAUGCGUACUCCUUGGCGGAGACGUAAAGCAACUAUUACCCGUAGCAACUGACAUAGUAAGGGAACGUCAUCUUUUCUUCACUAAUUGCAUGUCCUGGAGUCAUUUUAAAUUGCUAAAACUCACCAUCAAUAUGCGCGCGAAUAAAGGGGAAGAAUAUUUCGCUAGUUGGCUAGAACUUCUCGGAAGUGGUAGUAUUAAUGAAAAUAGGACCGGCUUUUCCAAUGACAGCGUGCAACUGCCAGCUCAUUGUUUGACGACUGAUGUUGUUGGAGAAGUAUAUGGAGAACUUAAAGAUCUAACUUCUGAACAACUCUCUUCUCGGGCUAUACUUUGUCCGAAAAACGAACAUUGUGAUAUGCUGAACGACAAACUGCUUGAAUCAUUUCCAGGAUCGAUUAUAACGUGUCUCAGUAACGAUAGCAUAGCCUCAGGGGAUGAAGAUGAUAUGAUGAACUAUCCAGAAGAAUUUUUAAAUACCAUCGCACCCGGUGACCUUCCCAUCCAUGAACUGAAACUGAAAGUCGGUGUGCCGGUAAUACUUCUCCGAAAUUUAUCAUUAUCGGAAGGAUUAAUUAACGGCACUAGACUGUUAGUAUUAGCUGUCACUGAUUGUCUUUUAACGGCCAAAAUCGUCACGGGUCGUUUCUCAGGACGUACUGUUUUUGUGCCUAGAAUAGACAUGUCUACUACUGAUGAAACUAUUCCUUUUGUUCUUAAAAGGAGGCAAUUUCCAGUAAGAAUAUGCUUUGCUCUAACAAUAAAUGAGGCGCAAGGACAAACAUUCGAUCAAGUGGGAAUUUACCUUGAAACUCCCGUUUUCGCUCAUGGUCAACUCUAUGUUGCAUUCUCUAGGGUUAGAUGUUGGAAUGCAGUCAAAGUUCAGGUAGUGAAAACCAAACAUCAGGGUGAAUUGCUAAAUGAUUCGACACAAGUGUUCACCAAAAAUAUAGUUUUUAAGGAUAUUUUGGAUAAAAUUAAAUAAUAUAUUUUUCUACUCGUUGUUGUGCAAAAGAUAGGAAUUUAUUAUUAUUGAAAAAAAAUGAAAUUCAACUCCAAAACCAAAUGCCAUUCUCAUGAAAUUUCUGUGAUAAUGUUUGAAAUAACAAUGGCUUAUUGUUUUUUUCAUUGAAAUGUUGUAUAUGGUGCAAAUGUGUGGGCGUAUCUUUAGCUUUAUUUUCAGAGUAGUUUCUUAUUUGAAAUCAAAGUUUUUCGUAAGCAAUGUUACUUUUGCUGCUUACAUUGAUGCGGUUGCAACAAAAGAAAUUUUUUAAUUUUCAAUUGAACACUAGUCAACCUAUAGUUUUAACGUGCUUUUAUUUCAUCCCAUUAUUUUCAACAGAUUAAUUUUAUGUGUUUUGAAAUGGAAAGGAUUGUAAUACACUUAUAUUAAGUCUUAUUUAUCUGUAUUCUAGAUUACUAGAUGAUACUGUAUAUAUUUCCCCAUUUUCAUGUAAAUAUGUUCAUCAUGAAUUUCAUGUAAAAUAAAACCAUCUGAUGUUUUAGAUAU